AUGUCAGUUGCGAAUAUUGAAAAGGCAGAGUCUCUUCUUGGAGAUAUCAAACUAAAAAAAAUUUCGCAGGGGGCUGAAGCAAUUAUAUUUCUAGCUAAUGAGCAUCCAUAUUCAAAUGAGAGAAACUGCCCAACUAUUGUGAAAUAUAGACCAAGAAAACUUUACAGAUACCCAGUACUAGACUUGCAAAUUGUUAAGCAAAGAACCGCUUCUGAAUCAAGAAUUAUUUUCAAACUUUUCCAGAGUUCAGUGAUUGAGUUUAAUAAAUUGGAAAAGAAGAAAAAUAGUGAGAAGAUUGAUAGAUCUCUUGUGAACUAUGUGAUCAACAACGGGGGUGUCAACUGCCCAAAGCUUAUUGGGUUGGAUGUGUACAAUGGAUUUAUUUUUAUGGAUUAUAUCAACGAUACAUUGGUAAACGGCGAAUCUUCUUCCUUGAAAAACCAUCUUUGGUUGUUGGAAAAGACUUUUGCCGAUUCGUUGAGUGAAAAGUUAACGGUUCAUAAUUGUCAGAGUAUUGUUGCUUCAAGAGAAAUUGAGCGUGAAGUAGUGGCUUUAAAUCUGAAAAUAAAGGAUUUACUUGUACUUACCGGUAUUCAGUUGGGAAAUAUGCACAUGUUUGAUGUUAUUCACGGUGAUUUGACCUCCUCUAAUAUUAUUCUAAAGAAAUAUGAUUCCGAGAAUAAUAAUGAUGAACUACAGCCUUUAUAUAUUCCAUAUCUUAUAGAUUUUGGCCUUUCUUCACAGUCCAGCUUGACUGAAGAUAAAGCUGUUGAUUUAUAUGUGUUGGAGAAGGCUUUGGAAAGUACACAUCCACUUUUCUCAAAGGAUUAUUCAAAAUGGGUAUUAGAGGGUUAUGAAUUAGCUUACGAGAUGAAGGGUAAACGAGAAAAUGCUGCCAAACCAUACAGGGUUAAACAUCGCGAAAUUUAUAAAAGACUAGAAGCCGUUAGACUAAGAGGCAGAAAGAGAUCCAUGAUUGGGUGA